GAAAUAAGCAACGAUGAGAGUCUUUGGCGUAGGCCCCGUCCUAGGUCCAGGUCACUGAGUGUGCAGACCCUGGCAAAUCCUGCCGGACCGAGAAGCAGGGGCUAAGCCCCCACAGCCCUGACAGCUGGACGGUCGCUUCUAACUUCAUCUCUGUUUGGAUCCUAAUGAAUGAACUGGGCUAGCUAAGUGCUAUCAAAGUAGCGCCGCGCACCAGAGCCCAUGAGUGCACACAUUGAAACGUGAGAGCCUGUAUAACUGCAGUAUUGGAGAGGAAGGCUUCAGAGCUCUUGCAUCAGCACUGAGAUCAAACCCCUCACACAUGAGAGAGCUGCAGCUGAGUUGGAAUAAAGCAGGAGACUCAGGAGUGAAGCAUCUUUCUUCUCUUCUGGAGGAUCCCAACUGUAAACUGGAGAAACUACACCUGGUUAACUGCAGUAUUGGAGAGGAAGGCUUCAGAGCUCUUGCAUCAGCACUGAGAUCAAACCCCUCACACAUGAGAGAGCUGCAGCUGAGUGGGAAUAAAGCAGGAGACUCAGGAGUGAAGCAUCUUUCUUCUCUUCUGGAGGAUCCCAACUGUAAACUGGAGAAACUACACCUGUAUAACUGCAGUAUUGGAGAGGAAGGCUUCAGAGCUCUUGCAUCAGCACUGAGAUCAAACCCCUCACACAUGAGAGAGCUGCAGCUGAGUGAGAAUAAAGCAGGAGACUCAGGAGUGAAGCAUCUUUCUUCUCUUCUGGAGGAUCCCAACUGUAAACUGGAGAAACUAUUCCUGUAUAACUGCAGUAUUGGAGAGGAAGGCUUCAGAGCUCUUGCAUCAGCACUGAGAUCAAACCCCUCACACAUGAGAGAGCUGCAGCUGAGUGGGAAUAAAGCAGGAGACUCAGGAGUGAAGCAUCUUUCUUCUCUUCUGGAGGAUCCCAACUGUAAACUGGAGAAACUAGACCUGCAUGACUGCAGUAUUGGAGAGGAAGGCUUCAGAGCUCUUGCAUCAGCACUGAGAUCAAACCCCUCACACAUGAGAGAGCUGCAGCUGAGUGAGAAUAAAGCAGGAGACUCAGGAGUGAAGCAUCUUUCUUCUCUUCUGGAGGAUCCCAACUGUAAACUGGAGAAACUAGACCUGCAGCGCUGCAGUAUAACAGAUGAAGGUUUCAGAGCUUUAGCAUCAGCACUGAGAUCAAAGCCAUCAGCCCUCAGAGAGCUCUGGCUGUAUAGGAAUCAUCCUGGACCCUCAGCACAGCAGCUGCUCUCUGAACUGGAGAAACAUCCAAACUGUAAACGCCUACAAAUACUAGGACCCUAAUGAGUCCAUCCUGUUGUGUUCCACCUGAAUCAUGUUUUUACACUGUGCAUAAAUAAGUGUUGCAGUACAUUCAUGUGUGAAGUUAUAUGUUUUAAAGUGACUUAUGUAAAUAUGAAAAUUGUGAGUAAUAUUGUAUAAAGGAUGUUUUCAAUAUAAACACAU